AUGAAAAUAACAUCUCCCGCUAUUUCUUCAGAAACAACCAAAGUACCAGAGAUGUUCACUUCCUUAGUGAAUGAUUCGGCACUUACAGCACUUUCUGAAAAAUUAAUCCAGGAGAAUAAAAACACGACAAAAGUGCAACCGCCACCAUCAACAGAGCCAUCAGAUGCAUCAAACCGCCCAAAUCAAUCUGAGAGAACAGAAAGAUUUCAAUCGUCUUAUAAACGGGAAUCUGUUGAUCGACCUCGCACAUCAUUGCGACCACCUUCAGCUCGACCAGCAAGUUCGAGACCUGCUGCGCCAAGAAGACGUGAUAAAAAUGUUAAGCAAAAAGAACAUUUGAAAGAUUUGCUUCAAAAGUUAGUUCGAUCAGUGAAUCCAAUGGGGAAGUUGAUGGAUUUUGUGCAAGAAGACAUAGAUUCAAUGCAAAGAGAAUACACAAAAUGGGAUGAAAUUUACAAACAAGCGACGAUUGAUUUGAAAAGAGAACAAACGGAAACUGCAAGUGCAAUUGAACCUUUAAAAUAUCAGUUGGGUCAACUCGAGAAACUGAUUAAAUAA